AUGGAUUUACUAAGGGAGUAUGACUGCUUGCAACAACCUCCAUUAUCUUCUCCUCUUGAUCAUUCACUCAAGUUGAAAGCUGAUCAUGGUGUUCCAUUGAAGGAUCCCACUCAAUACGGAAAACUAGUUGGGAAGCUGAACUUUCUUACCAACACCAGGUGCUUAAAAGGUGAUCCAAACCUGGAGAUGUUCCUCUCUGACAACACAGAUUACAAGAUCUAUGCCUUUUGUGAUUUAGACUUGGUUGCUUGCUCAGAAUCCAGGAAAUCUGUUAGUGGAUACUUAAUACUACUUGGUGGAUGCCCAGUUAGCUGGAAGUCAGAGAAACAAUCCACCAUAGCUUUGUCCUCAGCUGAAGCAGAGUACAUGUCAACUAGAGUAGUGGUUGGUGAACUUGUGUGGUUAGUCAAGCUGUUUGAAGAAUUAGCAGUUCCAUUAUCUUUUCCGAUUCCG